GUCAUCUGAUCGCUCGGGACCUUAUCGCCGUCUCGGCCUCACUCCGGCUGCCGGCGCCAUGCACUCGCCGUCGCCGGCGCCGGCGGGGUGCCCACCGGCCACCUCGUCACCACCUCCCCGCGCCAGCAGCCGUGCGACCCACGUCGUGAUGGCCCGCGGCGGCCGGAGGCACAAGCCGCCGUCGUCUGCCCCCGAGGCCGAGCAGCCGGAGGCGCUCUCCCGCAUCCUCCGCACCGAGGCCGCCGUCUCCGGCGUCUCCCGCAAGGCGGCGGCGGCGUCGCGGCAGCAUUCCACCCGCCUCUGGCCCCGCGCCGUGCUCGAGGCCCUCGACUCCGCCGUCGCCUCAUGCCGCUGGGAGCCCGCUCUCGAGAUCUUCGAGCUGUUGCGUAAGCAGCAAUGGUACAAGCCGAGGUCGCAGACCUACGCCAGGUUGCUGAUGAUGCUCGGCAAGUGCCAGCAGCCCGGCGCGGCCACUGCCCUCUUCAAGGUGAUGCUCUCGGAGCGUCUCAAGCCGACGGUGGAUGUCUACACGGCCCUCGUCGGCGCGUACGGCUACAGUGGGCUGCUGGACCAGGCGUUGGCCACCGUCGAACAGAUGAAAGGUGUCGCGGAUUGCAAGCCAGAUGAGUACACAUUCUCUGUUCUCAUCAAUUGCUGUAGCAAAUUGCGCCGCUUUGAUCGGAUACCUGCGAUUCUUGAUGAGAUGUCCUACUUGGGGCUACAAUGCAAUGCUGUUAUCCAUAAUGCGAUAAUUGAUGGGUACGGGAAAGCCGGCAUGUUGGAGGAGAUGGAGAAUGCACUGACUAGUAUGCUUGAAGAUGGGGACAGUGUGCCGGACAUAUACACGAUGAAUUCUAUCAUUUGGGCUUAUGGGAAUCAUGGUAACAGGAUACAUGAAAUGGAGAGGUGGUACAGUGAGUUUCAGUUGAUGGGUGUUGAGCCAGAUACGCAAACAUUUAAUAUCAUGAUCAAAUCAUAUGGUAAUGCUAAGAUGCAUGACAAAAUGAUGUCGGUGCUGAAAUAUAUGAAGAAACACUUCUUCUCACCAACUGUUGUUACCUUCAACAUAAUAAUAGAAAGUUUUGGACGGGCGGGAAACAUCGAGAAGAUGGAGUACUAUUUCCGAUUGAUGAAAAUUCAGGGUGUUAAACCCAACCCCAUCACUUACUGCUCACUGGUCAAUGGGUACAGCAAAGCUGGGUUUCUCGACAAGGUUCCUGGGAUCAUUCGACAAACAGAGAAUACUGAUGUGGUUUUAGAUACUCCAUUUUUUAAUUGUGUGAUCGAUGCAUAUGCCAAGUCUGGGGAUAUCAAAAUUAUGGAGGAAAUGCUGCAGCUUAUGAAGGAAAAGAAAUGUAAGCCCGAUAAAGUAACUUACACCACCAUGAUCCAGGCAUACAAUGUACAUGGGAUGGAUGAAGCUGCUAAUUUGUUAAAGAUGGAAGUGGGCAUGGUUGAUGGCAAGCUGCUGGAAUCAGUUUCAGAGGUUGAUAAAAAAUAAUGCCCUUUUUCCAUUUUUCUUGGGGUGGUUCAAAAUAAUGAUGGACCAAGGGGAAUGCCAGGGAAACAUAACAGAGCUUGACUAUGAUGAGUGAAUGAAUUACCAUCAACACAAAGGUUGGCCGGGCAAGGGCAAUCACAUACUCCUAGUGUGAAUGAAUUACCAUCAACACAAAGGUUGGCCGGGCAAGGGCAAUCACAUACUCCUAGUCGAGUGCUUCUUUGAGUACUCACUCCUAGCUGAAUGCUAUUGGCAAAGAUAAAUUCUUAAAUCUGCUCUCGCAGCUAGUUUUGUGGGCAGUUGAUCCAUCAUCCAUCUGCAAUUGUUUAUAAGGUGCGUUGAAGCGUGAUCCCAGUAUGUUUGAAUGCAUUCUUUCAUCACCAAGGCGUGGCACCUAUUCCUUAUCAUUUAGAAACAAAACACAUAGUCCUUACCAGCAAUCAAAAUUUAUGCCUGAUGAUAAAAACUGUUUCACAAUAUUCAGCAACGCCUGCUCACACAGUGACACAGAUGAUCGGACAUGACACCCUGCUUGCUACUGCUAUACACAUGUUCUGUAUUCUUACUUGUAACAGCUUUGAGUUGGAGAUAAUCGGAUAGGGGACAACGAGACAGGAAGGCAGCAUGGACGCCGCACUCAAGUCCAUGAGUAAAGCAUGGGGCAGCAGCUGGCAAGAUUUGUUUCACCUGACUGGAACCUACUCUCUCCGUUUUGUUCAGAUUUAUUGUACUAAGUAAUAUCUCAACUUAUCUUAGGUUGGUUUAUUUUAAGACGGACGGAGUAAACGUCAACACAGACAUCGAGGAUCUUGACUCGGAUUUGUCACUGAACAAUUGUUGUGGGUGUGAAAAUUCCAUGAAUUCAUUGUCUUUGCAUUAAAGCACCAACAGUAAGAAAAUGAUUCGAUCUUAAACCUUGAUGACUGAA